CUUUAGCUAUAGUAAAAUAAGUACCUAGGUAAUAUUAAAAAAUAUGAGAGACGAUGAUACUAAGAAUCUAUGAAAUGUAGCGGUAAUCGAGUUUCAACUUCAUAGACUGAUUUUUCUUACAGAAUUCUUUUUUCAAACUAAAGUCAAUUUUCAACGACAUGCCUUAUUUAAUGUCACAUUUUGAAGUUUAAUUAUUUAAAUGAUUUAUAUUUCAUUUACACAUGGACAUGUAAAUUAAACCGCAAUGGGUCGUAUGAGCGGUAUUAAAUGGGAAAAGGCCACACAAUGUCGACCAAUACAUAACAUAAUCUCCUCAGACUUUCCCAGAUACAAUCCCCAACCAUGGAAGUUUAUGGAAGGUAGAGUACGUGUAGAAUGGUUACUAUCUUAUGAAUACCAAAGAAUGUGGUUGGAGGAAAGGGAAGCUUGGAAGAAAAGAAUGUAUCCUGAAAAUACGACGGUUAACGUUGACGUUGUUAAACGUUAUGUUUUGACUUUCAAAACUAAUCACCAACCUCCAAAACCUGAAAAGAAGAAGCCAUUUAAGAUGAAAAAAUUUGAUGGUAUAAAAGGCAAAACUGAAAGUAAACGUCUUCCAGAUGCAGAAAAAACAGAAAAGGUAAAAAAUGGAGAAGAAACCAUUUAAAAAUUUGAAUGUGACUUGUAGGUUGAAUCUAAUAAUCUAGAUUAAUAUUGAUCCUAAUAGUUAAAAAAAAUGGAUUUGUGAACUAAGUAAUUAUUUAUAUCCGUAAUCGAUGUUUUUGACUCGUAUACAAAUAAAUAUUAAAAACAUGGAAAAAUGCA